CACUUUUUUUCUUGCUUUCAUUUUCACUGUCUCACUGGUUUCCCUCUUUCUCCCUCAUCACAAAACCCCCUUUCUCUCUCUAAAAACUUCAGCAAGCAAGCAUACACAUGAGUGGAUCAAAUGGGAAAUACCCAUCAAGUGAUGGAAAUGGUGGUGCAAAUGGGAUCAUAAAAUACAACAGGAAAUGCAGAGAUGUUGUGUUUCUUGUUUUUUUCAUAGCUUUCUGGGUUGCCAUGAUUGUUAACUCUAGCUUUGGCUUCAACCAAGGAAACCCAUUAAGGCUCAACUUUGGGUUGGAUUAUAAAGGAAAUGUAUGUGGAGGCAAACACAAAGAUUUUAACCUUGGCGAAUUGGAACUGAAAUACUAUGUUAAUCCUAAUCAAGUUUAUCAAAGUGGAUUAAAAAACAGUGGAGUAAAACUGUCUAAUGCGCGAACCAUAUGUUUAUUGGAUUGCCCGAUACCAUCGGAAGAUUCUUUGAAUUGGGUUUGUGAUUAUCCUGAAGGAGAUAUUCGUAUUUCGUUAGAUGAUUGGAUUGAUAUGAAUUAUGAUUAUUAUGCUGACCUUACUCCUGAGUUACGGAACUCUUCUCUUCAACUUCAAGGUCCUUGUUACCCUGUCAUUUUUCCAAGCGUAAAUGUUUAUUGGACUUGCCAAUUUAUUGAUCGUCCAUCAAAUGUGUCGUUAACACAUUGGAAGCAGUUGAAUGGGGUAAUCAUCAAUGAUGACAUGGUCAUAGAUAAAUCUAUUCACAACUCCAUCAACACACGAUCUUCAGUAUUGAAGAGAUAUGUUGCGGAUGUUGGAAAAUCAUGGCCCGUGUUGAUUGUGUGUGGAGGACUCUUACCUCUACUUUUGUCAAUGAUGUGGCUUUUAAUGAUUCGACAUUUUGUAACUGCAAUGCCAUGGGUUACUGUAUUUCUGUUUAAUGGCCUCAUAAUAUCAGUCACGAUGUUCUACUACAUGAAAGCUGGAUGGAUAGGAAACGAUGCUAUCUCACCCAUCAUCGGCGAACAUGAUCCAUACUAUCAUGUUUCUGCAAGGGAGCAACAUCAUAUCCGUGCAGCUGCUUUUCUCAUGACUUGUGUUAUGAUUGUUGCGGUUCUAUCAUCUAUAGCAAUUGUUAGACGGAUUCUUAUGGCAACCUCAGUACUCAAGGUUGCUGCAAAGGUUAUUGGCGAGGUUCAUGCUCUAAUAAUUUUCCCGGUUAUACCGUACGCAAUCCUCGCAAUUUUCUAUAUGUUUUGGCUAUCGGCUGCGCUUAAUCUUUUUAGUUCGGGUCAAAUAGUCCGCAAUGAUUGCAACACAAAUUGUUGUGCUUAUGAUCUUAAAGCCAAACGGGUCAGUUGUGAUGAUUGUUGUGGCUAUAGUAUCCACUACACGCCGCAUAUCGCAGCUUCAAUUCUAUUCCACUUGUUUGGGUGCUAUUGGGCUACUCAGUUUAUCAUAGCAUGUUCGUCAACUGUGAUUGCUGGUUCCGUAGCUUCAUACUAUUGGGCUCGCGGGGAAUCUUCGGCAAAGAUUCCGUUUCUUCCGGUGUUUUCCUCGAUGAAGCUACUCAUGCGAUAUAGCCUAGGGUCGGUGGCGAUCGGCUCCUUGAUUGUAUCGUUUGUUGAGUCAACUAGGUUCAUACUUGAGGCCAUACGCCGGAGACUAAAGGGUGCUGACAUCAUGCCGGAAAGCUGGAUUAAACGGAUGAUGUUUCAUACUUCUCGGUUUUGCAUAAACUGCAUUGAGUUGACCAUAAAAUCCGUAAACCGCAAUGCAUACAUUAUGAUUGCUAUAACGGGAAAAGGGUUCUUUAGAGCUUCUGAAAUGGCAACUGAUUUGAUAAUUAGUAAUAUUCUCCGUAUAGGCAGAGUAAACGUAAUUGGGGACGUUAUACUCUAUCUUGGAAAGCUGUGUGUGAGUCUUGCAAGUGCACUUUUUGCAUUUCUUAUGUUGGAUACUCAUAAAUACAAAUCAUCCCACAACAAGAUCACAUCCCCAUUAUUUCCUGUGCUGGCGUGUUGGGGUCUCGGGUAUGUGGUGGCUACUCUUUUCUUUGCAGUAGUGGAAAUGUCGAUCGAUACGAUCAUACUUUCGUAUUGCCAGGAUGCAGAGGAACACCAAGGGACUGCACAUUAUGCACCUCCACUUUUAAUUGAAACAUUUGAUGAACAAAAUGAGGUGCAAAGAAUUGCACAAUGAAGGAUAUGAAAUGUAGUUGGAUUUGUAUUCUAGGUUAGGUUGUGUAUGUGCAGAAAACAAGUGAAAAGAGAACAAUAUGUUAAGAUCAUUAUAUA